GCCACAUCCCGGAAGUACAUUCCGUCCUCGUGUUUUAUGUAGCGUUUAUUGUGCGGUGUUUUGGUGAGUCAGUAUUCGGUUCAUAUUUUCGGCGAUAUUGUCGUGGCAUGUAAGAGAACUCGGUUGCAAUGCAAGUCCUCACGCCUCGAGUUUACUGGGCUCAGCGGCAUGGAGAGAUUUUUCUCCGAGUGGAGCUGAGCGAUACCAAGAAUCUUGAAAUCAACACGCAAGACAACACAAUUCAGUUUCGAGCACAAGGUCAUGGAGCUAAAGGAGACAAUGAAUACAAGUUUAGUUUGGACUUUUUGGAACCUAUCCGACCUGAGAUUGCACAUAAGGCAACCGAGCGUCAGGUCGAAAUCAAAAUCAAGAAGCAAGAAGAGCGCUGGUGGGACCGUCUGACGCUGCAGGAGAAGAAGCCCGUGUUUCUGGCUCAUGACUUCAACCGCUGGCUGGAUGAAUCUGAUGCUGAGACGGAGCUUCUGGCAAAGGAACUAGCAAGGCGCAACAAGAUGAGAGUGGAGUCAAGAGUUCGUAAAGAUCCAUACCUGGGUCUGAACAGAGGCUACUUAUUUAUGUACAAUCUGGUGCAGUUCCUUGGAUUCUCCUGGAUCUUCGUCAACUUGACCGUUCGACUCCUCAUUCUUGGUCAAGAUUCAUUUUAUGAUACCUUCCACACCACAGCUGAUGUGAUGUACUUUUGCCAGAUGAUGGCUGUUCUGGAGGUGAUCAACCCCUUGUUAGGCCUGGUAAAGACGGGCUUUUUUCCUGCCAUGAUUCAGGUCGCAGGGAGGAAUGUCAUUUUAUUUGUCAUCUUCGGCUGCUUGGAAGAGAUGCAGAGCAAACCUAUUGUCUUUUUUGUGUUUUACCUGUGGAGCACCAUUGAAAUCUUCAGGUACCCUUUCUACAUGCUGGCCUGCAUUGGCACUGAGUGGAAGCUGUUGACGUGGCUCAGGUACAGCCUUUGGAUCCCACUGUACCCACUUGGGGUUAUCGCGGAAGCGGUGGCUGUGAUCCAGUCCCUCCCCAUCUUUGAGGAAACACGUUUGUUAAGCCUCCCCCUGCCUCCGCUUUUGGGACACGACUUAAGCUUUUCAUACACUCUGCGGCUCUACUUGGUUCUCAUGUUUCUGGGACUCUUCAUCAAUUUCCGAUAUCUAUACAAACAGAGGAGGAGACGUUUUCGAUCAAGGAAAAGGAAAGUUCACUAAUGGAGCAGGAUGCGAGACAUACUCUGAGACGCAAUGUUUGUUUUACUCAUUGCCUUUUCAAUGAAAUUCAUACUGGUUCAUUUCAUCCUUGUUUGCCUGGAUUAGAUUUCCUUUAUUUGCCCUCUCUUAAACUUAAGAGUUCCACCCCACAGGUGGUUUGACUGGAUCAUGUUUUGUUUAUGUUUUAAGACAUACACAAUUAAAUUUAAACACAAAUUUAUAGUAUUAAUAAAUGUCCUGGUUUUUUUUGCCCUAUAUCGUGUACAUACAGUGAGGCAAAAUGUAUUUCAUCAGUCAAUGAUUUCAAUGAUUCCAACUCAAAAUGAUGAGAAAUGAAAAAGUUGUAAUUUUCAGCAAAGGUAGAUUUCAAUUGCGAGGGACAGAAUUUGGAUUAAAAAACACACUGAAAUCACAUUUUAAGAUUAAAGAAUUUUUUCAAACUAUGGUGAAAAUAUGUAUUUGGUCAAUAACAGAAAUUCAAUUCAAUGCAAAUAUUUUCUGUGAUUUUCCACAUUUGCAAACACUGUUGCUGGUAUUUUGGCCCAUUCCUCCAUGCGGGUCUCUUCUAGAGCUGUGAUAUUUUGGGGUUUUGCUAGGCAACACAUGCUUGCAAUUCCCUCCACAGAAACUGGCUAGGCCACUCCAUGUCUUUGAAAUGGAACCACUCCUUCAUUGCCCGGAUGGGCUUUGUGUUUGGAAACAUUGUCAUGCUGGAAGACCCAUCCACAUUUCGUCUUGAAUGCUCUCAUUGAUGCAAUGAGGUGUUUGCUCAAAAUCUCACAUUGCACGGCUCAAUCAUUACGGUCUUGAAUACAGAUCAAUAGUCCCAGUCCCUCUUCUGGUUCAUAAAUAUGCUCUGUGGCAAACUUCAAGUGGGCUUGGAUAUGAACUGGCUUGAGCUUGAUUCCCUGUGAAUGAAGUGUGUUAUUGAUGGUAAAUUUGAGAACCAUAGUUACUUUGGGCCCAGCUCUCUGCAGGUCAUUCAGCAGUGUAGUUCUGGAAUUUUCCAUCACUGUUCCCAAAUCAGCCCUUGUGUGUCUGUUAUUGUUCAAAUACUUAAUUUCCACCAUAAUUUACAAAUAAAUUCUCUAAAAAUGUUAAUUGUGAUUUUCAGGAACUUCUAUUUACAUCCUGUCCCUCUUACAGUUAGUGUACCUAUGGUUUAAAUUAAAAACCUGUCAUAAUUUUAAAGGGAAGUCAAGCCCCAAAUGUUCUUUGUAAUUUGUUCUAUACAGCGUAACUAGUCGGAAACACUGUGUUUUAAUUUGGUUUUUUUUUUUGUGUGGAAUAUGAGUUAAAAUCACACCACAUGUUUUAAUCCAUCAGUUGCCAUGACAACUGUGACGUCAUUAUCAAUCAACAGCUAGUGGCAAAAUGGCCACCCCCCUGUGAUGGAUGAAAAUGAGUGAAUUUUGCUGCUUAACUCGUAUUCCACAAACACAAUAUUGGGGCCACAUACAACAUAUUGUAAAGAACAUUUUGGGGUUGACUUCCCCUUUAAGUGGCAGAAAUUGCACAUGCAUCAGUGGUUGACUAAAGACUUUUUAGCCCCAGUGUAUGUGAAUAGUUUCCAUCUGUUCUGUGUUUGAGGGGGAAAAAAAGAAUACUUCUGUCAUCUUGCAAAAUUUGUUGGUUGAACAUGCCAUCAUUGACAAAUCACAAUAAAGAUUUUAUGUACUGA